AUGGGAAGUGAUGAGACUCAACGGUUAUUGCUUUCAGAGACAAGGGACCAUUCUCAUGUCAAUGAGAAAAGUGACCUUCUUCAGAGAAGACGAACGCGGCGUGGUGGCACUUCAGACACAGAGAUUGAACAGAAUGGUGACCUCCAAACCCCUUUACACCCUCAAUCAAUAUAUGAAACACAAGAAGCAGAACUCAACUUCAAGCCAGUAUUGUUCUAUUUAGCAGCAUACUUAGGUACAGGCACCUUAUGUUUCUUUCUGGCAAGUUACCAAAUUCAAGGCAUAAAAACAUAUGGUUUUCUUGAUGCUCUUUAUUUCUGUGUCGUCACGAUGACAACCGUUGGAUAUGGCGAUCUCGUUCCUAAUAGUACUAUAGCGAAACUACUUGCUUGCCUUUAUGUCUUCACUGGUAUGGCUCUUGGUGGCUUGAUUCUUAGCAAAGCAGCAGAUUACAUUGUUGAAAAACAGGAAGUGUAUCUUGUUAAAGCAAUAUGCAAAGCCGAGAAACUCGGUCUAGAAGAGGUUUCUAAAGAACUUGUGACUAAGAAAAGCAAAUACAAGUUUCUGCUUUCAAUAUCCACUUUUGUUGUACUCAUGAUUACAGGAACUGUUUUUCUGUAUUUUGUUGAGAAACUAGAUUUCGUCGAUGCAUUCUAUUGUGUUUGUUCGACGGUUACGACUUUAGGUUACGGAGAUAAGAGCUUCUCAACUCCUAUUGGUAGGACUUUUGCUGUGUUUUGGAUAUUAAGCAGCACCAUUUGCUUGGCUCAGUGUUUUGCAUAUCUUACUGAUUUUUAUACGGAAGAUAGACAAAGAUCAUUGGCGAAAAUGGUUCUCACGCGAAAGUUUUCGCCCCGUGAUCUUGAGGCAGCUGAUCUUGACGGAGACAAAGCUGUCAGUGCUGCAGAGUUUGUUUUGUACAAGUUGAAGGAAAUGGGAAAGAUCAACCAAGAAGAUGUUAUAGCCGUGAUGGAGAUUUUUAGAAAACUAGAUUAUGAUCAAUCAGGAACUCUGACUGAAGCUGAUUUCAGAAACUCUCAAGUCUGA